UGUUGCGGUGAACAUGCGCAGUAAGCGUUGGCGAGGCCAUCUUUUAAAAGCGAGCUGUGCUUCCGGAAGGCCCUCAGAGUAAAUCAACGCAAUCCAACGGAAUCGCUGCUGCAACUCAACUCGACUCAACCCACCACCAACACAACAACAACCAUGCAAUUCAAGGCCAUCAUUGCUCUCGUCUUGCCUCUUCUGGCCAUAGCCGCGCAAGCAGCGCCUGUACCGCAGGCUGUGGAAAGCAACCUCAACACAGAGGAAGCAGCAACAGGAAGCGUCGAUAUCCCCCUCAUUGCCUCCACGGACCCAGCCACCCUCGAGGCACCCGCCGCCGUCGAGGUGGCAGCGUCGUCGUCCACGGCAGGAGACGACAGCCAGCCUGCUUUCUCCGACUAGAGGAAUGAUUAGAUUACACGCACACUCCAUCAGCACAUACCGAGCCACGCACCAUAGCAAAGUUGGCACACUGCCUGCUGGCAUAUUUUGGUGAAAGGAGUACCAGAUAUAGUUUGUAGAUAGCAAUAAAGUGUGCGGUAGAGCCAUUUGUACAUGUCAUGUAAAUACCUGAAGUUUUUGUAAUCAGAAGACGAUCUAUGUCGCUGCUUGCAUCAA